AACAUAUUUUUGAGUCAGCUGACUUAGAUUCACCUGACUGGAAUUAUCACAGCAGCCUUACUCUGUUUUUAAAACAGCAGCUGAUAUGUGUUACUGCUAUAUAUCAUUAAUUAUCAGGCUAAAAAUCUAGCUGGACUACUCAUUUUGUUUCCACACUCAGAUGUCAGUUAGCUUUGGAGCAUUUAGCAGCUAGCUGAACCAACCAGCAGCUCAACAGAAAAAAAAACAAGCUGUUCAGCUGCUGGAACGACGUCCAGCAGAGUAUAUAAUAAUGGAAAAGAUUGCGAAAGAUGUGGGUGACAUCCAGUCCCGACUGCUGGACCACAGACCUGUCAUCAAUGCAGAGGUCCGCUACUUCGUGAGGGAGUUUGAGGAAAAACGGGGCCACAGAGAGAGCCGACUGCUGGAGAAUCUGGAUAAAAUGGUGGUGGAAACAAAUGAGCAAAUGCUCCCGACAAAUUUAGACGACGUAACCAAGCAGCUGUCUGACGUCAUUAAACGGUUGGAGGCAGCCAAUCACAUGGCAGAAAGAGUCCAGCAGAGGGAGCUAGAGGCACAACAGAACACCCAGCUGCAGGCGAACAUGGAGCAACUGAAAGAUGAGUGGGCAGACUUUUUGAAGGAGCAGCAGAGAUUAAAAGAAGAGGUGGAUGAGGAGCAUGCCAAGGCUGUAGGACAACUGAGCACUAAGUACAACGAGAAGAAGAAGGAGUUGGCCCAGUUUCCGUUUGUCUAAUCUGUUGCUAUUUGCAAUGGUGUGACUGAACAAGUAGUCUUUCUUAUUAUAUGAACAUUUUAUUACAGACAUGGAUGUCUGUUCUGCACAUUCAAAGCAAAGCUACUGCCUCUGCUUGAUAUACUUGGUGGUCAGUAGAAAAAAUGCAUAAAACCCAGAGGUUUUGCACCUGCAUACGUGUCAGCAUUUUCCAAAUCAUAAAUAUGAAAGUGUGAUUAACAAUGUGGCAUUUUCACAGCCCCUGAAAUUCAUAUUUUUUUUCUUUAGCACCUGGAAUAUGUUUAUUUUAUUUUAUUUAUUUAUUAGUUUAUUUAAUAGGGACAGUGCAUAUUAAUGAACACAUGCAACAAUAGCAGUGUAAAUAUGCCAGAUUAUAGCAGAAAUGCUAAUUUCCAUCUGUAGUCCCCAGGCAGGUGACAGAAAAAGAGAAACACAUCACAAUACAAACAGAAGAAGAGUUACACUAAAAAUGUUCACAGGCCUGGUUUUCCUUAAGCCACUGUUUUAGGUGAAGCUUAAAUGUACAGCUUGAAGAAAGUCUGGAAUAUGUCAUUUUAAAACAAGCAAUUAUUUGAUUGUUCCUUGGCUGUGAAAUUUUUAACAUUUCAAGAUUCUUAAUGGGUGCCUGCCUGAAGGGUUUUGAUGAUAAAUUAACGUCAUGCUGAAAGGAACCUUGAGUUUGGCACCAAGGUGAGAUAUUCCAAGCACCAAGAGUCGGAUCAUUAAAUGUUAGAAGGGCCCUUCUGAGCAGGUGUGUUUAACACCAGGCCAAGUGUUGAAGAAACAAGCUUAAACAGAACACUGUCCAGAAGAACUCGUCCCUCACCACUCUCCUGUGUUUGGAACUGUUCACUUCUGACAUUAACUUCAAGUAAACCAACUGUCUAUGAAGUAGCUUUCAUUAUAAAAGCCUGAAUGUUCAGCAGCAGAUGUUUUUAAUUUGUUUUGCCAAAUCAUAUCUGAUUUUAAUGAGUCACAAAUCCAGUAUUUUUGUUUCCAUUACAUGCAGAAAAUAUCUAAAGGAUUUAGGGUGUUCUGGUUUGAACUACAGUCAUGUAUGCAUUAAAGGAAGUUCAGUGGCUGUCAUA